UCAGAUUUAUGCAGAUGAAUUUCUGGCAUUCUAAUUAUAAUAUCGAUGAGGAACAAAUCCUUACCGAUGUGAAGACGAAGUGCAUUUUCUUUGUGUGCUUCUUUUCAUUUUUCUCCGAAGUUUCGCUUCUUUGUUUAAUUCUGAAGCCAGCCAUAAUAAAUAUUGGAAGAAAUGCAUCAGAGAGGGUGCUCAUUUUUCCUAUGUGGUUAGAUGAGCCAUGGAAUGACACGCCGUAUUUUGAAAUUGAGUACGUCGUACAGACUUUCACUUUAUUCCAAUCUGUUAUGAGCUACCUCUGUUUCGAUAAUAUCCUCUGCAUCAUGUGUCUACACGUAUCUGGUCAAUUUCGUAUAUUACAGUACAGAAUGGCCAAUAUCCAUAAAGCGACGAACGCUCAUCAAGAUAUUAAAGAUCCAAAUCAGAAUAUGUUAUAUUUGUCGGAUGUAUGCUUAGCAACGUUAAAAGAUUGCAUUCGACAACAUCAGGCUCUCAUUGAAUUCUGCAAAUUGAUGGAUGAAGUGUUCAGAGUAAUUAUGCUUUUGCAAGUGUUAAUAUUUAGCAUAUUGGUGUGUUUGGUUGGAUAUCAAUUAUUUUUGGUGACUUUGAAUCUUUCAAUGCGCAUUUUGUUUUCAUCUUUGUUAGUGUCGAAUAUGUUGCAAUUAUGGAUGUUCACAUACAGUUGCGCUACUAUCACCCAAGAAAGUGUCGGUGUUACUCUAGCAGUGUAUGCAUCACCAUGGACAGACGUGUCCAUGGAUAAGUUCGGAAAAAUGUUACGAAAAGAUCUGCAGCUUGUCAUCAUGAUGUCGUCACGAGCCUGUCAUGUCACUGCCUUUCGAUUCUUUCCUAUAUCCCUUGAAACAUACACCAAGAUAAUCACCACAUCGAUGUCGUACUUUACGUUAUUGAGACAAAUGUACUCGUUCGUACUCCUCAUCAUGAGACUGAAAUACACCACAGACGUUUCUAUCGGCUUGACAACUUUUUAUCUGAAGAUCACUGGCUUCUGGUUUGCAGUGAAUCGCGUGAGGGAAUGUUUCAGGAGUGUUGCGGUGAUUUAUACCGCCUUCACGGUCCUAUUUUGUCUCGGAAUUCAGAUCAGAGGUCUUUAUUUUUGUUGGGCUGAUUUUACCAUCAGCACUUUUAUCGCAUGCAAUGCCGUGGGCUUAGUCAUGAAUUUUUCCAAGUUGUUUUUAGUGUUCAUUCAAAAGAAAAAGUUUCUUCAAUUGAUCCGAUUUAUGCAAAAGAAUUUCUGGCAUUCGAACUAUGAUUUCUAUGAGAAGCGAAUCGUCGCUAGCGUUAAGAAAAUGUGCACUUACCUCGUCUGUACGUUUUCAUUCUUCUCACAAUUUACGGUUGUCAGUUAUUGUAUCAGGCCAGCUAUAUCAAAUGUUGGAAAGAAUGAAUCAGAUAGGGCGCUUAUUUUUCCUAUGUGGCUCGAUUUACCAUUGUCCAAGACGCCAUAUUUUGAAAUAACGUACAUCAUACAGGCAUUGAGUUUGUACCAAUCUGGAGUAAGUUAUCUCUGUUUCGACAAUAUCUUUUCUAUCAUGUGUCUGCAUGCAGCUGGACAAUUUCGUAUAUUGCAGUACAGAAUGACAAAUAUUCACAAAGUGAAAAGCCUGCAAGAAGAUAAUGUAAAUUCGAAUAAGGAUGUGUUAUAUUUAUCGGACGUAUGUGUAGCCGCAUUUAGGGAAUGCAUUCGACAGCAUCAAAUUCUCAUCGAAUUCUGUAAAAUAGUGGAUGAAGUGUUCAGAGUGAUUAUGCUCUUGCAAGUGUUAACUUUUAGCAUGCUGGUGUGUUUGGCAGGGUAUCAAUUAUUUUUGGUGGAUUUAAAUAUUCCAAUGCGCAUUUCUAUAAUAUUCUUCUUAUCGGCAAAUAUGUGUCAGUUGUGGAUGUUCACUUACAGUUGUGACACCAUGACACGAGAAAGUUUAAGGGUUGCUGUAGCAGCGUACGAAGCACCAUGGAUAUACUUGCCAAUGGACAAGUUUGGGAAAAUUAUACGGAAAGAUUUGCAAAUUGUCAUCAUGAGAUCGAGAAAAGCCUGUCAAGUGACUGCUUGUCAAUUUUUCGCUGUAUCGCUCGAAACAUACACUAGGAUCAUGAGCACAGCGAUGUCGUAUUUCACUUUAUUGAAACAAGGUUCAAUCGAUGCAACAGAUACAUAA